AGGAUGCGGUGCUGUGUGGCUUAUAUAAGUGGUCCCAACCCGCGCGCAAGAAGCCAGCGGUCAAACGCAGUCACCGUGUUCUUCUGCUUCUCACCUCUCUUCUUUACUUGGCUUCAUUCUCAUCACAAUACUCAUUAUACGCCUUUUUGUUUUCUAACGCUCCUUGUAAUUGUUGAUUUUCAUCUCGGCUAGCGCGCAGGCUUGCCUCCGUCUUCCAUUAGUCCGAAUAAUCUGACUGUUCACAGCCCAGCAACAUUCAUGUCGUCUCAAAACCCAAUUCGCAGAAAACUGGUCAUCGUCGGUGACGGUGCUUGUGGGAAGACGUCCCUAUUAUGCUCUUUUGCACUCGGAGAAUUUCCAAAGGAAUAUCAACCGACUAUAUUUGAAAACUACGUCGCAGAAAUCAGGCUAGAUGGUAAACCUGUGCAGUUGGCACUUUGGGAUACUGCAGGGCAAGAAGAGUAUGAACGUUUACGACCAUUGUCCUACUCCAAGUCACAUGUUAUUUUAAUUGCUUUUGCUAUCGACACCCCAGAUUCUCUGGAUAACGUAUCUGUAAAAUGGAUCGAAGAAGUUCGGAGCAUAUGUGGCCCAACCAUCCCAAUUCUACUCGUUGGGUGUAAAGCCGACCUGCGUCCGACAUCCCCCAAUUCUCCUGAUAUUGACAACUUCGUGUCGCGUGCUGAAGCUGAACGCGUAGCAUCUAUGAUUGGUGCGCGCGCUUACAAGGAGUGCUCUGCCCUCAAGAUUGAGGGCGUAGAUGAUGUUUUCGAGGCUGCCACUCGAGCAAGCAUGCUUAUGAGAGAGGGAGUGCCUUCCUCUGCUCAUCACAGAAGGAAGAGCAGUGGGCGAAGUGGUGAAGCGUCUAACGGAGACUCGACUGGUGGCAGCUGGAAAUGCUGCGUUGUCUGCUGAUAACCGCACUUACCCGCAUUAAUUUCGGGCUUAUUGAUAGCUCUUCGGAUGGCUCGCUUCCUCCUCGGCACCAUCAUUGACCUACGGACUAGCUUCAGCUCUUGCACAUACGUGAUAUUUCGCGUUGUUCUCCCUUUGAUUUCGAUCCGGAGCUAACUUGUUCACAUUGCCCCCACCUUCCCCAAUUAGUCUGCUAAU